AUCGCGUUCACCCGUCUCAACUGAGUGAAGAAAAGGGCAACAAAGAUCAUGAUCUGCUCUUCUAGUCCCAUUGCCCAUAUGCACUAUUUUAGGACUUGAUGUUUAUUUAUGACUGGGUCACUGUCCCGAAAUAAUCACAACAACCAUGGCUUCCGUGAAGGUGGCUGUGCGCGUACGGCCGAUCAACCAAAGGGAGAUUGAUCUGGAAUCAAGAUGUAUUAUUCAAAUGGAAGGCAAGAAGACACGCAUCACAAACUUGAAGAUGCCAGAGCAGACAUCAGAGGGAGACAUGGCAAGGGAAGCAUUCAAAGUCAAAGACUUCACGUAUGAUUUCUCCUUCUGGUCCUUCAACAAGGCUGAUGUACACUAUGUGUCACAGGAACAGGUAUUUAAGUGUCUAGGUCUGGAUGUCAUUGCUAAUGCGUAUGCUGGGUACAAUGCUUGUGUGUUUGCCUAUGGUCAGACUGGCUCAGGGAAGACGUAUACCAUGAUGGGCUACCAGGAUGAUCGUGGCUUAAUACCUAGAAUUUGUGAGGGCCUUUUUUCAAGGAUGACAGAUGAGUCUACUUCAUACAGAGUAGAAGUCAGUUACCUGGAGAUCUAUAACGAGAAGGUGCGUGACCUGUUAAAGUACUCCACCAACUCAAAGGUUACCCAUUCACUGAGAGUCCGGGAGCAUCCUAAAGAUGGACCCUAUGUCCAAGAUUUGUCCAAACAUAUAGUGAACAACUAUGGAGACAUUGAAGAGCUCAUGAUCAGGGGAAAUAACAACAGGACAACUGCCUCAACCAAUAUGAAUGACACAAGCAGCAGGUCCCAUGCUAUUUUCACUCUGGUGUUCACCCAGGCAAACUUCAGCAAGGACAUGCCAAGUGAGAUGAACAGUAAAGUCCAUUUAGUGGAUUUAGCAGGAAGUGAGAGAGCUAAUGCUACGGGAGCAACAGGUCAGCGGCUUAAGGAGGGAAGCAGUAUCAACAAGUCACUCGUCACCCUCGGCAACGUCAUCUCACUUCUCGCUGAAAAGGGAGGCAAAUCUAAGACAUUCAUUCCAUACCGAGAUUCGACCUUGACAUGGCUACUGAAGGACAGUUUAGGAGGGAAUUCUAAAACAGUGAUGGUGGCAACAAUAUCACCGGCAGAUGUAAACUAUGGGGAGAUUCUGAGUACUCUACGCUAUGCUAACAGAGCCAAGGACAUUAUCAACAAACCCACGGUCAAUGAGGAUCCAAAUGUGAAGCUGAUCCGUGAACUGCGAGCAGAAAUUGCCAGACUGAAAGCUCUAUUGGGAGGCCAUAUUGAUGGGAUAUCUACGCCAAGGGUGCAGGAGAAGUUGCACGAGAAUGAGGCUAGGGUGAAAGUACUAACUGAGGAGUGGGCAGGAAAAUGGACAGAGGCUGCCAAUGUGUUACAGCAAGAGAAGACGCUAGCAUUGCGCAAAGAGGGCUUUGGUGUUGUCCUGGAUUCUGACCUGCCUCACCUGAUUGGGAUAGAUGACGACAUCAUCAGUACUGGCAUCAUGCUCUACCAUCUCAAGGAAGGGAGGACAACAAUCGGAAGGACAGAUGCCCAAGUGCCCCAAGAUAUAGUUCUGGCAGGGCUGGAGGUGGAGCAGGAGCACUGUAUCAUAGUGAACAACUGUGGAGUUGUCACCCUUCUGCCACUAGAGGGAGCCCUCUGUACCAUCAAUGGAGUGAAUGUUCAGGAUGAGACACAACUCACCCAAGGUGCUGUAAUACUACUGGGUAAAACCAACAUCUUCCGAUUUAACCACCCCGCCGAGGCUGCCAAGAUGAAGGAGGAACUGAAAGCUUGUAACCUGUCUGUGUCGAGGACAUCUCUCCUAAGCCAGUCCAUGACGGAUCUGUCUAUAUACAAGAGCCAUGAGAACCUGUUAUCUCUUGGACUUGACUUUGAACAAAUGCACAGAGAAGAACUCGAGAAAUUAGAAGAGAAAAGACAACAGAUUGAGGAGCUUGAGGAGCGUUACCGUCAGGGAGAGGAGCAGAGACUGGUUAAGCAGCAAAGCCUGGAGAGAGAGUUGGAGGAGAAGAGUGCUGAGUUAGAACACAUGCAGCAGGAAGCUGAGAAGAUACAGAGGGAGGCAGAGAUGGCUCAUCUUGCUGCCAAGAAAGAAAAUGCCAUGUGGAAGCGCAAGUCGAUGGAUCUGGAGAAACAAGUGCUGGAGCUGGAGGUGGAGAGAGACAAAGGCAAGGCCAGGGCUGCCAUUAGUGGGAAGGGUUCAAUUGCACCAUUCAGCAAAGAAGUCAGUGACGAAGAAGAGCACAGUGACAAGGAGGAGAUAACCAGGCAGGUUGAGGAAGAUUUGUCUCUCCUGUCUGAGCGUGAAGCACAACACAUUGAAGAAGCCAAGGCGCUGAAAGAGAAACUAAGCAAGGAACUCAAUACACUGAUAGCAGAACAGUUGGAGAAGAAGGAAGAAUUACAGAGGAAGAUUGAGGAACUGAAUAGAAAAGAAGAAAGUCAAGAAGAACAGCUUGAAGAAGCAAAGGAUGUGCUCGCAACGAAAAAAACGACCAUUGAGGAAGAACGACAAAAGGAGUUACAGUUGAUUGCUGCAGAAAAGGAAACAAUAGGUUUACUGAGACAGGAGAUAGGGGUGGCUCAGAGAAAGGGGGUGCUAGAGGGGAUUGAGAGCUCUGUGAGGCUGGGAGAGAGGGAGGCAGAGAUUCGACAGAGGUUAGGGGACAUACGUGACAGGGAAGAGCAGCUUCCCAAAGCCUACUUAGAGAAGGAAAAAGCUCUUGAAGACAGGAAGGUCAUGCAGUUAGCAGAGUUUGACCAGAGAAUCCAAGGUGUGGAAGAAGAUGAGCAGAGAUUACAGGAGCGAGAACAGGCACAUAGACAGAGGGCAACAGCAGGAGAAUUCCGGACUGAGGCCGAGAGAGAGGAACACAAGCUUCAGGGAGAGGCAAUAGAGCGAGAGAAAAAACAACUGGAGGAGAAUUUGAAAGUGCUUAUGGAAGAGGAAGAAGAAAUGACCAGAAAGAUGCAGGAAGAAGCAGAGCAGUUGGAGAAGGAAAAGCAAGAAGAGUAUAAGAAACUGGAGAAGGACAAGUCAGAUUUGAUCGAUAUCCGACAGGCCCAGCUUGAUAAAGUGGAAGAUGAAAUAGAGGAAAGGAAUCAUGGGUUAGAGGAUAGAGAGGGCAAAGUUCAGGAAGCUGAGGCUAGCUUACUUGACCUGGAAGAUCAACAUCAAAUUUAUGUUAGCAAAGUAACAGACCAGCAAAAAGAACUCCAGGCAGGGAGACAACUCCUGGAAACAGAACUAGAUGAGCUUGAGCAAGAACAAUCUCGUGCCAUUAGAGAAGUUCAGGAUAGGCAAGAACAGAUGAACAGUGAAACUGCAGUAGUUCUGGAGGAAAUUCAGGAGCAAAGGAAAAGACUUCUAACUCUAAAGGAGGAGCUUGAAAAGAGACAAGUUGUGAAUGGGGAUGGUCUCCAGAAAACGACAACUGGUCAUGGAGAUGACUUUGAUCAAACCAUGGCAGUCAAGGCCCAGGAGCUGGAGGAGAUAGAAAAACGUGUGGUCAAGAUACGCCAGGAGCUGGAAGACAAAAAGAAGAGACUGGAGGAAGAAAGAGAUUCUGAACUGGACAAAAUAGAGUUCGAAAAGUUAAAGCUUCAGGAAAUGGAACAUCAGGAGAGGAUUAAUAACCUAGUUGAACAGGAAGUGAAGCGAAGGCUAUUUGAGGAGAAAGUCCAAAGAGAAAAACAAUGGCGGAUUGACAGACUGAAAGACAAACAAGAAAGGGAGAAAGAAAUAGAUCGGCUGAAAAAAAUACAUGACAGAGAAUUAAGGCAGCUCAAGGCCAAGUAUGAGAAAAACAAUGGAAACCUCCCGGCCCAAGCUGUUCCCUCAAAGUCCAAUCCUUAUGUUACUGUCAUGUCACCUGGUAUGAAUUCUGGCAUCCCUGAAAUAUGUGUAAGAAACGCUAGUGAUUCAAGUGGCAGCUCAAACAAAGUCAACAGUCGCAUCAACAUGGCUGCUACAGUGGAUGUCACAAUUCCAACAUAUCGUCUGUCUGGCCACGGAGCUGAUUCCCAUUAUGAGUAUGAGGUUAAGAUUGUUUUAGGAGAUGAAAGCUGGACUAUUUAUCGUCGUUAUAGCCGAUUCCGGGAUCUCCAUCAGCGAGCCAAGAAGAAAAUUCCUGAAGUUGCAGCCUUGGCCUUUCCUCCCAAAAAGUUAUUCAGUCGAUCAGAAAAAGUUGUUUCUGAUCGCCAGAGAUCUUUAGAGCAUUACCUGAUCAACUUUGUGGAAGUGUGUCGACAGAGUCCCAGUUCCUCCCUCCAAGCGGCCAAAAAUCCAUACGUAUCUAAACAGUUCCUCUGUGAAUGUGAACCGUUUUUUAAGAAGGGAAUCUUUGAAACCACCAAACAUGGGACAACAUAAGCAGAUGGAGAGAGUGUCUGUGUCACCUGUUGAGAUUAUGUUGGGACUUACCUGUGGAUGAUAGUUGUCUCCUGUUACUGAUUCUGCCAUAUUCCAGUCUUCAGAGUUAUAUGAUGUUUUGUUGUUAUCUGUUGCACAUGUGCAUACAUGUAUAUUUUUAGGGGAUAGAUUUCUUUAUAUUUGUGGCAAUAUGUUUCUUGACUCAUUACUAAACAGCUUAGAGUUUCAGUAUAUAUUGUCUGGAGUUGUAAUAUUUUGCUCAAUGUUGUUUAAAAUGCCAUUAUUAAAUUAAACAGCUUUAAUGGUCAAAUGUUUGCUCCGCUCUGUAAUACUAGGUGUAUUUUUGGGGUGGGGAAUGGUGGGAAUGAGGAAUUAUGGUUUGUUUUACUUGCAAUACACAAUGGCAAAUUGUAUAACUAUUACAGUGUAUUUUGAAGUUAUAGUCUGAUCUUCUGGAAUACAUAAAUAUGCAUGGCCCCUUUUACUUGGGUAUCAAGUCAUUUAAGUCUUAUACAAAUAUGUUACACAUUUUUUAAGGUAGUUUCUUCCUCGUCAUGACAAAUGUCAGGUUUUUUUUUUAAAUUAUUUUUACAUUUCCUUUUUUAAUUACCUUUCAUAAUGUCAGUCAUUAUAAUAUUUCUUGAUGGAUUCUUUACCUUGAAAUAUCACAAAUUAUUGUCUCUAAUUUUGCGUGAUUAAGUUUUGUUUAUUUCUGUUUAUGUGAUCUCAUUUUGCUGUGUGACAUCAUUAUUAGUUUGUUGGGGUGAUAUUGAUGUGACAAAUAAUUAUCUCUUCACACUUUUCAAUUUCGAGUUUUCGAGGAAAAAGUAGAAAAGAGGCACAUCAAAAGCUUUAUGUCUGGUUUUAUUUUUUGCAGCAUACCAAGAAUCAUGGGUUGACUUAGCAAUAAUCGAGACCUUUGAACUAAAGAACUGUGCAGAUUAAGCCUUUUGAAUGUUAAGCUUAUCGUGUCAUUCCGCCAUUUGUUCAUCCUCACUCACUGUGAUUUAUAUUGAAUUCUACUCACCUGAUUCAGCAGUUGUUAAGAACAUGUCAUUUAAGGUGAACUGGGAGAUUUAUUGACCUUUAAUAUUCAAAUAAUAAGCACAAACUAUUUAUAGGCUAUUUUACAUUGUAUUAUUCCCUGUUGAUUAUUUACAACCUGAAGUAAAUGCGUGAGUGAAGUUUAAGAGUCCUUGUAUAUGUUAGUAAACCAUAACUUGUUUUCUGUUGAAAUCUAAUGAUGUGCUUGAAUUCCCAAGGCUCUUAUCUGAUGACCAAUGAAAUAUUGAACAUUGAAAAAAUUGUCCAAAAUUUGAAUGAAGUGUUGCAUUGAAGCAUUAAAAUAUCAUGCAACGACAAGGUAUUGAUUGUUUCGAGACAGCAGUAUGUUGGGCAAAUAUUCAUGGUAGUUUAAUAAAAUAAAAUCAAGCAGUAUGUUUUAGCACACAUGCACAUGAACAGUAUAAUGCCCAGUUUAUUGUUUACACACAGUUUUCAGAUGAUUGCAGAUUACCUUUAAUGUCAAAACUGCAGUAGUGCAAUUGAAAUGAUGUUGAUUGCUUUUUAUACUGCUUUUAAAGUGUCUGUGAAAAUUAUGAUAAAUAGCCAUGAGUUUUUUUUUUAAAUUUGCAGAUUUCAGUAUAAUACCGUUUUGUAUGACUUAGCUUUUGUAAUAUGCACUUCUCUGUGGGUUUAUACAUGUACAUGUAUGUAUGUGAGCCAGAUGAGAGGCAAUUCAGAUUAAAAUCCAAGCAAGAAUCUGUGAUAACCACAAAUUGUUAGCAGCAUCUUUUCUCAACAUUAUUGUACAUCUUAAGCGAGAGAUAAAAUGGCUUGUUGCUAUUAGAAAUCAUGUGCAAUAUUUUAAAGCAAACUUCCAAACCUAAUGUUUUGUUCUAUUUGUCAUCCAUAGCACGUUCUAUUACUACAAUUAGGUGUUCCAGACAGCUGGUCUUCUAAAACUAAUUUUAUAUCAAGGCUAUAAAAUUAUUUAUGCUGAGGAAGAGGUUGAAUUAUUGCUCAUUGGCAAACAUAGAGUGGUCUCCGUCCGUCCUUCGAGGUCAGAGUAAAGUCAAAAUCGGCCAAUGAUCACCUCCUACAUGACAUUUUCAACUAUUUUAAUGAUCACUGCAAAAAACUUUAGUGUCAAAGUAGAAUUUUAACUAUAUCCUCCAACUUCUUAAUUUUAACACAUUUUACACUUUGUUAGAAGGUAAAUAAUUAGAUGUCAUUUUUUGACCUAGCUAGAUAAAUCUGGAAAAGAAGGUGUGUUAUGGUUUGUAUUUUUGCACAGCAUAUAGGUCCGUUACAGGGAGAUUAGAGGCAUUAAGGUUUUAGUGUCUACUACAGAUCAAUGAAUUAAAAUUGUCAUCACUGGUGUAAAUUCAACAAAUGAAGUAAGUUAUUAGAGGUAUUCCUUUUUACUUUCACCAGUUGAAUGAAAAAUAUUUUAUCCAAUUUUUUAUGUCAUGAAUGAUGUAUUUUUGUUGAGGUGUUGUCUGAUGGGUGUUGGAAUUACAUGUGGAUACAUUUUUAUGACCACAUAAUUCAUAAUUUAUUAACACUGCACUUUGGGGGAAAAGAUGGAAAUGCUAGACAUAGUGGAACGCUAAGAGAACUUUUUAAAAGGUGUUUUGUCUGGUUUUGGGGUGCUUUUAGGAGAGCAUGUUACGCACUUGUAACAAAUGUAUUAUGAAACAUAGAAACAAGGGGUUUGUUUUGGGGGAUGCUCAUAUUUGUGAAUUUUUGGAAAAGUUGAAAGGGAUAAAUUUUCUCAAAUUUUUGUGUACCUUGCUAUCUAGUACUGCAGGAUUCAGACUGAAGUAAC